UGGAACGACUCUCCAGGUUCCAUGAUGAUGAUGAUGAAGACAUUGGCUUUCUCAAUUCAUAUGACAUGAUUAAGAGAAUUGUGUACUCACUUGUAUCAUCACUCACAUUCAGAAUAUUUGGAAUUUUGCUUAUCUUUGUGGAUAUGUCCCUCGUCAUUACAGACCUGCUUGUCACUAAAAACGCAAUAUAUAUUCCUGUGGAAAUUCAUUUAAUUUCUUUAGCUAUUUCUUUAUUUUUUGUCUUGGAUGUUCUUCUUCGAGUAUAUGUAGAAGGGGUACGACUGUAUUUUUCUGAUAUACUUAACUGCUUAGAUGCUGUCAUCAUUGUAGUGACUCUACUGGUUGAUAUAAUUUAUAUGUUUUAUGACCUUAAGGUUCUUAAAGAUAUCCCCAGAUUGGCAAUUUUAUUUCAAUCUCUACGACUUAUUAUUCUGAUAAGAGUUUUCCAUCUGGCUCAUCAAAAGAAACAUCUUGAAAGGCUGACCAGAAGGCUGGUUUCAGAAAACAAACGGCGAUACAAGAAGGAUGGAUUUGACUUAGACCUCACUUAUGUUACUGAGCGUAUUAUUGCCAUGUCAUUCCCAUCUUCUGGACAGCAGUCUUUCUAUAGGAAUCCCAUUAAGGAAGUUGUGCGGUUCCUGGAUACCAAACAUCAAGACCACUAUCAAGUCUAUAAUCUAUGCAGUGAAAGAGCCUAUGAUCCUAAGUACUUCCAUUACAGGGUCCGGCGAAUCAUGAUUGAUGAUCACAAUGUCCCCACACUAAGUGAGAUGUUGGCAUUCACCAAAGAAGUAGAUGAGUGGAUGGCUCAAGAUGAUGAAAACAUCAUAGCAAUUCACUGUAAGGGAGGCAAAGGAAGAACUGGAACGAUGGCUUGUGCCUGCCUUAUUGCCAGUGAAAUAUUUACAACUGCAGAGGACAGCCUUUAUUAUUUUGGAGAACGGCGAACAGAUAAAAGCACCAGCGCUAAAUAUCAGGGAGUUGAGACUCCUUCUCAGAGUAGAUAUGUUGGAUAUUUUGCGGAUGUGAAAAAUAUCUACAACUUGAAUCUCCCUGCCAGAAAAACACUCAAGAUUAAAAAAAUCGUUAUUUAUUCAAUUCACGGUGUUGGAAAAGGCAAUGGAAAUGAUCUAAAAGUACAAAUAAUAUUGCACCGCAAAAUCGUCUUUUUAAGUUCUGCUUCCAAAAACUGUUGGAUACUUCACGAUAUUGAAACAGACAACGUAAUAAUUCAUUUAUCCAGCUGUCCACCUCUGUAUGAUGAUGUGAAAGUACGGUUUCUCUCUUCCUCAGUUCUUCCUAAAUACUAUGACAACUGCCCAUUUUUCUUCUGGUUCCAUACAUCUUUUAUACAAAAUAACAGGCUUUAUCUUUCAAGAAAGGAAUUGGAUAAUCCCCAUAAACCAAAAACAUGGAAAAUUUACCGUCCAGAGUUUGCAGUCGAGGCAUUUUUUGAUGAGGUCGUAGCUGGUACCUAAUUAAGCGUAGUUUCCUUUCUUGCACAGAAUCAUGUUCU